CUGGUUCACUUAGAUCCUACAGGGAAAGGCAGAAGCACUGAGGUGAUGGACACAUGGAGUCCCUGGGUGCCAAUGGCUCAGCCGCGUCACUGCUACUCCGCCACCAUGUUCGAGGCGCGCCUGGUCCAGGGCUCCAUCCUGAAAAAGGUGCUGGAGGCGCUGAAGGACCUCAUCAAUGAGGCCUGCUGGGACAUCAGCUCGAGCGGCGUGAACCUACAGAGCAUGGACUCGUCCCACGUCUCUUUGGUGCAGCUCACCCUGCGGUCCGAGGGCUUCGACACGUACCGCUGCGACCGCAACCUGGCCAUGGGCGUGAACCUCACCAGCAUGUCCAAAAUAUUAAAAUGUGCUGGCAACGAAGACAUCAUUACCCUAAGGGCUGAAGAUAAUGCGGACACCUUGGCACUAGUAUUUGAAGCUCCAAAUCAGGAAAAGGUUUCGGACUAUGAAAUGAAGUUAAUGGAUUUAGAUGUUGAACAGCUUGGAAUUCCAGAACAAGAGUAUAGCUGUGUAGUAAAGAUGCCUUCUGGUGAAUUUGCACGCAUAUGCCGAGAUCUCAGUCAUAUUGGAGAUGCUGUUGUAAUUUCCUGUGCAAAAGACGGAGUGAAAUUUUCUGCAAGUGGGGAACUUGGAAAUGGAAAUAUUAAGUUGUCACAAACAAGUAAUGUUGAUAAAGAAGAGGAAGCUGUUUCCAUAGAGAUGAAUGAGCCAGUUCAGCUAACUUUUGCACUGAGAUAUCUGAACUUCUUUACAAAAGCUACUCCACUCUCUCCUACAGUAACACUCAGUAUGUCUGCAGAUGUACCCCUUGUUGUAGAGUAUAAAAUUGCUGAUAUGGGACAUCUAAAGUACUAUCUGGCUCCCAAGAUUGAGGAUGAAGAAGGAUCUUAGAUGUUUUUAAAAUCCAAGAAAAUAAAACUGAGCUCUUUGAGAACUGCUUCUGAGAUUCCAGCGUGCCCUUAAACGUCUCUUCUGUCAGCAAAUUUGUACCUGAGUACAUAUGUAGAUAAUGUUUUCUGUAAAUAACCUUUUUUUUCCAUUCUCUACAAGUGAAAGGAUAAUCUCAAGUCAAAUCUGGUCUUAUUAACCUAGAACUACUUCUGCCUUAUUUAGAACUACUCUUUAGGAUUUUUAUAACAAAGGGUUUUGACUAUUAAUUGUGUUUUCAAUAUAAAUAAAAGUUAUUUGAAUUUCAAACAUCACAGGACAGCACCUUCAUUUGAACCUUUACUGUUGCAAGUAUCCUAGGGAAUUCACAGUUAAUGCUACCUUUUUGUGUAAAUGUGUUUUGUUUUUUCCAAUCUAGAGCAGCCAGAUAGAAAUACAUUAGAUAUAGCCACAAAAAGUACUCCAAAUGCAGUAGGUGACAAGAUAUUUUGGAGAAUUCAUUUGCCAGACCUAUUUUUGUAUUCUAACUUGAGCUGAAGAAAUGAUAGGGGGAAUAGAACAAAUUCUAUAUAUUUCAUUAUUUUGUCUUUUUUUUUUUUAGCGAAAACUAACUUUCAGAAGCUUGAUGUACUCAAAUUUGUGUGGGCUUAUAAGACUGUCAUUGUUACAGGGCAGUUUCUUUAGGGAACAUUUUACAGUAAUCUUUUUUUAAGUGUUACUAGAUCUGUGAUAGGGCCCAAGGAGUAUGUUUGUACCAAAAAAAUAAAAUAAAAUUCUCCAGUAUAAAUAGCCUUAUUUGGGACUUACUCCCUUAAAGGAUGAAGAUGGCUUAAAUUUCAUAGGUGGUGUAUUCAACAAAGAAAGUGAAAAAGGCUCAGCAGUUGUGAAACAGGCUGUUGAAAGGUUCCCAGUAAUUGUGCUACACAGAUUGGCAUUCUACAUACUGAAAAUUGUUUUAUUACAGUCCCUUUUCCCAUUGUAUUUUGUUUUUGGUGGAUUAAAUGACUGGUAUCUUUGUUGUACCUGGACUGAGUUCUGGUUAUUGGACUUUGGAACUCACUGCAUCCAAUGGGUAACCAUUUCCUUAUGUGUGCCUGGGAGGAACGAGAUGGGGCAGCAAAGGGGCCUGGUGGAACUUUUUGGAGAGAAAAUAUUUUAUCUAGACUGGUGAUGAUUCCAAGACUGCAUUUGUUAAGCCUCAUUCAAUUGUACUUUAUUGUAUUUAAGUUAUGCCUUAAUAAAGUUGUCAUUUAAAAAAG